GUCUUUACGCGCGGAAGGAGGUCUCCCGUUCUAGGCAUAGACACUAACUUGUCCUCACCGAACCUCUCGUCCUCUUCCAAACCUCCGUCUCGCUCGUGCUCGUGCUCGUGCUCUUGCAUGCCCAGAAAUUACCGCAAUGGCCCAACGUGUCACCCUCCGCAAGCGCCAGCCGUACAACACGACGUCGAACCGCCGACGCAUCGUCAAGACCCCUGGCGGCGUCCUCCGCUACCACCACAUCAAAAAGCUCGCGACCGCGCCCAAGUGCGGCGACUGCGGCAGCAAGCUCAGUGGGAUCCCUGCGCUCCGCCCGCGCGAGUACGCGACGAUCUCCAAGACUCAAAAGAACGUCAGCAGGGCGUACGGCGGGUCGCGAUGCGGAACGUGCGUGCGGUCGCGCGUCGUCCGCGCUUUCCUUAUCGAGGAAGCGAAGAUUGUGAAGCGGGUCAUCAAGCAGCAGACGUCUUCGCGCAAGUAAGCGUGUCUUGCCCCCGAGCCGUUACACCCCCCUGCUUCAUACGACAUGCACAUCGCGAUCACUUCGAGAGAGCGAGGAUGGGGGUAGUCCACUUAUGCUGAGAUACAUGCGUUUUCAUUUCUAUUUGUUUUUACGUUGUC